UUAAUGUCCUCUUCCCAGCAUGCCGGGGGUGGAAGGGUGCAAAAUGGCUGCGCCUGGGAGCUCGUGGGGCGAGUGAUGGGGCUGCUUGGGAAUAACCCCCCCCUCCCGAAGCGAUCCCGAGAGAACCAGAAAAACAUUGUUCGGUAGGAUCGGGAAUUGCUGCUUGGAAGGGAAGACAUGGAUACUCCUGCAGAAACCUGGGACAAUCUCCAUGCUCACUUAACUUUCCUUUGGCUGAACCGAUUUUACCUCUAUUCAUGUGCAGCUUUUGGAAUCAGCCUUUGGUUUUGCUUCCAGUUCCUCAACAAAGCCAAAGAGCAGAACAAAAACCGCCUUGCAGAAUUAAACCUUCCUAAAAUCCCAGCUGCUGAAAAAGAACAGCAGGAUCCAAGCCUUGGCAAAGUCCAUGUAGCCGGAGUGAAGGUAUUCUAUGGUUCCCAGACUGGAACAGCAAAGCGGUUUGCACUGGUACUUACUGAAGCUGUUGCCUCCAUUAAUUUGCCAGCAGAAAUUAUUGACAUGCAAGAUUAUGAUCCAGAUGACUCUCUCAUAGAUGAGAUAAGCAGCCAGAAUAUCUGCAUGUUCUUAGUUGCCACUUACACUGACGGCAAACCAACAGAAAAUGCUGCAUGGUUCUGCAAGUGGCUGGAAGAGGCGGCCAAUGACUUCAGAGUUGGCAAGGCAUACCUGAAGGGCUUGCGAUACGCUGUCUUCGGUUUGGGAAAUUCAGUGUAUGCUGACCACUUCAACACUGUGAGCAGGAACGUUGACAAGUGGCUAUGGAUGCUGGGUGCUCGACGCAUUCUGUCAUGCGCUCGAGGGGAUGGCAAUGUGGUGAAAAGCCAACAUGGAAGCAUUGAGGCUGAUUUUGAGGUUUGGAAGGUCAAGUUGCUCACGAGGCUUCAAGCUCUUGCCAAAGGGGAACAGAAGGCCUGUAGUGGGAAAUGCAAAAAAGGGCCAUGUAGAUCCAAAUCAAAAGUGAGCCAAGAAGCAAAAGAACAAGAGACCUCAAAUCAUGUGGAGAAAGACGAGGAGGAUUUCUUUGAAACCACAAGCGAGGAGGAAUCUGAUAUAGAGAAUGGUAGAGGUGCAGAUCAGGUUGUGGAUGUUGAAGAUUUGGGCAAAGUGAUGGGCCAAAUGAAGAAAUCUCAGAAAGAGCAUCAGAUUGACGGAGAGGUUCCCAUUGGAGUUGGAACUCAACAUAGCAGAAAGGAGGAUGAGAGAAGGGAGAUGAUCACUCCUGCUCUUCGAGAUGCACUCACAAAGCAAGGUUAUAGAUUAAUUGGGAGCCAUUCUGGAGUGAAGCUUUGCCGUUGGACAAAGUCGAUGCUUCGUGGGAGAGGAGGCUGUUACAAGCACACUUUUUACGGCAUUGAAAGCCACCGCUGUAUGGAGACCACACCGAGCUUGGCUUGUGCUAAUAAAUGUGUCUUCUGUUGGAGACACCACACAAAUCCUGUUGGCACAGAGUGGCGAUGGAAGAUGGACCAGCCAGAGAUGAUCUUGAAGGAGGCCAUUGAGAACCAUCAGAAUUUGAUCAAACAGUUUAAAGGAGUCCCUGGCGUGAGAGAUGAUCGCUUCAGAGAAGGGAUGGAGGCCAAGCAUUGUGCACUGUCUCUUGUUGGGGAGCCAAUCAUGUACCCCCAGAUCAACCAGUUCCUAAAGCUGCUGCAUCAUCGCAACAUUUCAAGUUUUUUGGUUACAAAUGCGCAGUUUCCAGAGGAAAUUAGGAAUCUCCAGCCUGUCACACAGCUGUAUGUUAGUGUGGAUGCCAGCACCAAAGAUAGUCUGAAGAAGAUUGAUCGACCUCUCUUUAAAGACUUUUGGCAGCGGUUUCUAGAUAGCUUGCAAGCCUUAGCUGAAAAGCAUCAGCGCACCGUAUACAGGUUAACCCUGGUGAAAGCUUGGAAUGUGGAGGAGCUGAAAGCUUAUUCAGACUUGGUGUCUCUUGGCAAGCCAGAUUUCAUAGAGGUUAAGGGCGUGACAUACUGUGGGGAAAGUUCAGCCAGCAACCUCACCAUGGCCAACGUCCCUUGGCAUGAAGAAGUGAAGCGCUUCGUGCAAGAGCUGGCUGACCUCCUCCCAGACUACGAAAUUGCCAGCGAACACGAGCACUCCAACUGUCUCCUCAUUGCCCACAAGAAGUUCAAGAUCGAAGGGAAAUGGCACACCUGGAUUGAUUAUGAUCGCUUUCAAGAAUUGGUCCAUGAAUAUGAACAGAGUGGAGGAAUUAAAACAUUCACUUCUGCUGACUAUGUAGCACUGACUCCUCCUUGGGCAGUGUUUGGAGCUCAGGAAAGAGGCUUUGACCCAACGGAUACAAGAUUUCAACGAAAAAACAAAACAAAGGACAUCUCCGGAUGCUGACCACUUUCAAAUUGGACCAUUUUUAAGCCAGAGCUAGGAUACAAUCAGAAUUUUUGGUUUGUACACUAACAUCAGAAAGUGUUGCGUAAAACUUGAGACUUCUAUUUCUCUUGGGGAUAUCCAAAGUGGGUUUUUUUUCUUUUAUUCUACCCAGAGGAAAAUGGUAAGUUAUAUGCUUUUUAAAAGGCAGGAAGAUGCUAUUAAUUUAUCCUUCUCAUAUCUCUCAGUGAGAGAGAGAUAUAGGUAGUCCUUAACUUAUGAUCAUAAUUGAGCCAGGAAUUACAUCUGUCGUAACUUUGAACAGUCGCUAAGCAACUGAUUGUUAAGUGAGGACCACCUGUAAUUUCACUUUCCACCCCUAUGCAUCCUCCUUAUUUUUCCAUUUCUCAUUCUAAUCCAGAAGUGGACAGUUGUGCCCUUUCAGGUCCACAAUUUUUUGCAGUCCACACAGCACCCAGAAUGGUCAUGGCCAGGGGAUUUUGGAGAACCGGUAGCGGAAAUUUUGAGUAGUUCGGAGAACCAGCAAAUAUCACUUCUGGCUGGCCUCUGAGUGGGGUGGGAAUGGAGAUUUUGCAAUAUCCUUCUCCUGCCACGCCCACCAAGCCAUGCCCACAGAACCGGUAGGGAAAAAAUUUGAAUUUCACUCCUGGUCAUGGCCCACAUUUUGUAACCUGUUUUUGCCUAUUCAUGUGGCAUGAUCAUCUGGCGUGCUCCCUUCAAGCCACCACCACGCCCAAAUAAAAAAAAUGGAUCCCUUUUCCUAAUUAAAGGUUCCCUUGAGAUAAGUGAGGUACCUUGAGACAUAUCUGUGGCCUGCAGAACUAUUUUUAUUUUCUUCCGUAAAAGUACCUGAAAAGAUUGUUGAGUCAUGCAAUACUGGAAUGUGAAGGGGAUUUCCCCUGUUUCUCUGAAUAUCUGUUGCAACAAUCCUUAUUUGCGCCACACCUGGCCUGAAUUGGCCAUCUAAAAAUGUUUGAAAAGACCUGCAGCCACUGUGGCCCAGUGGUGUAGGUGGGGGCAAGCCUAUUGAAAUACAUGUGGUCAUUUUGCUAGAAAUUUAGCUACAAUAAGUUAAACAAAAAGUAUCCCAUUUCUUGGUGUGUGGAUAUUCCCCCCCCCCCCCCGCCUCCAUCUGGAUUGUUUAGUUAAAAUUAUUUGCAUUUUCAAAUGCAACUAACAUUCUUUUUCUUAAUAAUUUCUGCCCUAAGUAAUAUUUCUUGAAUUUAUACCUUUUGCUACCUGCUUUUAAAAAAUAGUUCUUAAAAUUUUGAAAGCAAGCAGAAUAAACUUCUGAAUUUCAUACUUAC